UCGUGAAGUGCAUCGAGAAGGAGCUCUUUGGAAAUUUUUCUCUGGUGAGGAUCAAAUCAUACGAAGUUGGCAAGAGUAUAGGGAGAAUGGCUGAGCUCGAACAAGACCAGGCGGCCGAGGAAUCAUUAGCGCGGGAGUAUGUGUGCUCGCUCACGGACGCUGGUAUGAAUAUCGUGGCUUACAUUAGCAGCCAUAAAGCAGGUCAAGACACGCUUCAACAGGAGGAGACGACGACGAGGGAGACGUAUGAGAAUCUCACUCAGCUUCAGAGAUCCGCAAUGGUUGUUGAUAUUAUGAAGGCGGAUGCAGAGCAAAGGAUGCAAGUGAUUUGUUUCGAACGGGUAAAGACAGCUUUGGUAUCAGAGGAUUACGAAUCCGCGGCCAAAUUCCUACUGAAAUUCCUACAGAUUGAUUCGAAGGAUUCCGACCCCGAGCUGAGAGAGGAGCUUCUCGCGUUGAAAAAGCAGCUUGAAGAUAUUAUCAAAGAUAAGCUCUUGGCGGCCAUAAACGAAAAGGACUACGAUACAAUUAUGAGGUUUGUGCGACUAUUUACUCCACUGGGAAUGGAGGAAGAAGGAUUAAAGCUUUAUGUUGGUUACCUGAAAAACAUCAUUGCAAUGAGAGGGUUAACGAAUUACCAACAAGUUGUUAUGAGCGUGGAGCAAGGUUUUGAACAAGUAGAUUUCGUUGAGUGCUUUACCAAAUUGUUUGAUGACAUUCUCACGACUAUUCAAUACAACGACGCGAUCUUGAGGGCUCUUGGUGGAGAAGACGGUAUUGUGUAUGCCAUAUGUGAGCUGCAACAGGAAUGUGACUUCAGAGGUUCGUUAAUCUGGCAGACGUACAAGGAUUAUCGAAUGUUAGCUAGAUUUACCAAUCAGAAUCUUCCUGAAAGACCUGACCCGAAAGUUGCUGAGCUGUGUGUUAAAGAGAUAUUACUCCUGAUGCGGUUGAGUAAGGAUUAUACAGAGUUAAUGGUCUCAAAACUCAGGUCUAUAGACCCUGAGUUGUUGCCGAGGAAGACAAAGGCAUUUCGAAAAGGAACUUUUAGCAAAGAGAUACAAGAUGUCACAGGGUUAUAUGUUAUACUAGAAGAAUAUUACUGUAUUGUAGAAAGAUUCUUUAUGGUUGAGAGUGUGAGGCUUGCCAUAAGGAUCGACAUGAAGAUACCAGACAGCCUUAUCACUUCCAUGGUUGGUGAUGUGUUCUAUCUGUUGAAAACUUCUCUGCUGAGGGCGAUUUCAACUUCAAAUAUAAGAUGUGUUCUUUCUAUAUUGAGCUAUGCUGCUAGCUUGUUGGGCAAUGAUUACCAUGACGCCUUGCAGCAGAAGUUAGGAGAGCCACACGUUGAUGCUAGGUUGUUCGUGGAUGAGAUGGUCGCCAACAACAACGGAACUGAGAAUGCAUCUACUUUGAACGAUAUAGAUGUGAGCUGCGAGUACAUACUCAAACUCAAUUGUGAAAUCGAGGAGCAAUGUUCUAAGGUGUUUACUCCAGCGUCAGCAGAUCAUGAAAGGGUAAAAUCAUGUCUUUCCAAGUUAGACGCAUUAGCCAAUACAUUCAAGCAGUCAGGCUUGAAACAGCUUGUAGCAGAUCGAGAGAGGAUACAGUCAUGCCUAUCUGAGUUAGGCAACUUAAGGAACCCAUUAAGCCAAGCAUGCAUUGAACAGCUAGUGGCAAUCGUAACACAAAGAAUCCGCCCUGUUCUGGAAACCGUAGCUACCGUGAGCUACGAGUUAAUAGAAACCGAACAUGCACAGAACAGUACUGAGUGCAGCCCGUGGGUCAAACUUCUUCUCAACUCAGUUGAAAGAAACGUAGCGUCACUCAAAUCACAAACAAUAUCCGAAAACUACGAAUCGUUUCUUGAUCGCGUACUCGAGUUCAUAGCUAAUAGACUCGAAGUCUUAAUGAUGCAGAAAUGUUUUAGCCAGCUUGGUGGACUUCAGCUUGACCAAGACACAACGGCCUUGACUAGUCACUUGUUAGAUAUGUCUGAAAGGGAUGUGACUCAUGUGAGACACAAGUUUGCUCGGUUAAAACAAAUGGGGGACUUACUGAAGAGUAACAAGUAUCUAUUUGUCAAAGAAAUUAUGGAGUAUUGCUCUUGGAACUACGGAAGAGUCAUGACACUCACGCCAGGGGAGAUUCUAUUUGUGUUAAGUCUGCGAGUCGAGUUUAAACCGGAACCCACUACUGCUCAUUUGGUUAUGUGAUGUAGCGAUUCCUCUUGUCAUCUUCUAUCCUUACUUUAUUAUUGGCUUUGUGUUUUUCUUUUACUUGAUUGGGUUUUUUUAAUUUGUUUGAAUUUGUUGUUUGUUGUCUCUUGCUUCUUCUUUUUUUGGGCAAAUUGUUUGUUGUUUCUUGUUAAGUUUUUCCA